GCCGGAUAGUAGUAGUAGUACUUUAAUUUCCAAAGGGUAGACUGGACGACAUGCCAUCUAAUACAAACACAACGAAAAAUGAGGAAGUCAGGAGUGAAAAUGAUCAGUCAUCAAAUGCUCAACAACCGUCAAGUCCGAAACUAGAAUGCAUAUCUCCACGUACAGUCGCUGCGGCUUUAGCUGCAGCCUCUGAUAUUGCUGCAGCGUCAGCGUCAAAGUCAGUACUGAGGAAAAAAGAUAAGAAAUGGGUUCCAGAUGAUCAUUAUAGUCGAUUAAUGGAUAUGAAUGAUAUUCCACGCGAUCCUAUCGAGUGGAAUUCAACACAGGUUAUCAUGUGGAUAAAUUGGGCGUGUAAACAAUUUCGAAUUGAAGGUCUGAAGAGUGAAAAGUUGUUCAAUAUGCCAGGUUCUAGUAUGUUUGCUUUAACAGCAGAUGAUUGGCGACGUCUAGUCCCCGAUGCUAAUGUGAAUUUUCUAACCCACUUGGAAUUACUGAAACGAUGUCGAGGUGUUUGUGUUCCUUAUAGUCCACAACGGCAACGAGAUGACAAGCUUAGAAGGCAUACGUUUAAGUCUAGUUUUUUUCGUUCAACAAACUUAACUGGAUCCAAUCAGAGUUGGAGUUGGAACAGAACAGGCGUUUCCUUUUCACCAUCAUAUUCUGGCGCGUUAAUUGCCUGCGAUGGAAAUGAUACAAAUUCACGCAAGGGUCCAUUUAUAUUAACUCAAAAUAAUGGUGGUAAUUAUAUCUCACAAAGAAUUCUAUAUUACGACGCCACGACUGCAGGACAAGUUGAACUGUGGCGAUUCUUGCUAGAAUUACUUACAGACUGGAGAUAUCGUGAAUAUAUUUACUGGGUCAGUGAUGAUGGUGAAUUCAAAUUAAGUAAUCCAGAAGAAGUAGCUUCUAUGUGGGGUCAUCGUAAGAAUAAACCUGCUAUGAAUUGGGAGAAAUUAUCUCGUGCAUUACGUUACUAUUAUGAUGGUGAUAUGAUUUCCAAGAUUCAUGGGAAACGUCGCGUUUACAAAUUUGAGUGUGAUUUGAAGGAACUUUUGGGUUUUUCAGCUGGUGAGAUAUAUACGUUGGUGAAGAAUUGUGUUGAGAAGCAUUUUCUUGCUAACAAAAAGCGGCGUUUAACCUCAGUAGGAUAUGAUUCAGGAAUUAGUCAUAACCCUCUCUCCGUUUGUCGUGAUGAAGAUGAGAGUUUGGUACCUGUACGCGUGGAACACGGUCAUCGUGUUAGUUUUUUAGAGCCAUCAAUGCAGCAGCAGAAUCUAGAUUUGCAAUACAGGCCAGGUGCGACAUCUUCAGAUCCCCUUUCUUACAGUGUCCCAUUUUCACCUAAUUAUCGUAUAAGACAACUAAAUAAAACUGAAAACGAUAGGCGUAAUCGAUUGUCAGAAACGACAAUGUUCAGUGAUCCUUCAAUUUGUGAAAGGUGCUUCUUCAAGAGAAAACGAAGUGGUGUGGAUGUACAGCUACAGGUGGAUACUGCCACAGAUGUUGACAAGAUUGUCAUCGAUGAGGGUUGUAUUGACCGAAAUGCCUGUAAUAAUACGGAAGAUUGGGAAAAUGAUGAUCCGCGAGGUGGUAGGAGUGCUUGUCGUUUACGGUGUCGUUGUUGGCGUCGGUCUCGUAAGCCUUUGUCGGAUAUUUCACCACUUGCUUCUCCUCCUUCUCAUCUAUUUCAUCCAAUCAAUGAACGUUUGUCGUCAAGCAUUUUACAAGAACAGGAUGAGAGCACUUAUUGGUUUACUGAAUGUUCGGGUGAUCGAAAUACCCAGUUGAAUGAGUCUUAUUUUCCUGUUGAUGAGGAUUGGGUAGCAGCUACAGCUUUGAUAGAAGAGAUGAUGGUGAAGGGAUCGUAUGUUAACUCCGCCUCCGCCUCCGUUUCCUCCUCCUUCCAUUCAACCAUAAAUCCACUGGAUUGUACAACUUCGACUUGUGCCAGUGUCAAUGUUAGUGAUAUUGAUGAAGACGAAAUAGCUUCAAAGGCUGAAUUUUUAUUGAGGGAAAUAGGUGAACAUGGAACUGAGUCGACGCCCUUCUCCUUUGAUUUGAGUCCUAUUUGAGUCAUAUUCACAUGGACCACACACACACACACACCUGAAAGGCAGACACAGGAUUCCUGUCCAGGAUAAAAAUACUUCCCAUCCGUGUGUGUGUGUUUGCGUGUUUAUUUCUUUCACUGUGAUGUAUGUUCAACGCCACGUGACCUGUCCUCGUAUUAUGGCGUUGUUUACACAUCAACACAUUCCAUUCAAUGGUUAUUAUUAUUAUUCACAACAAGUGAAUUGUGUGUUCACACAGAUGUUUUAGCAUUGUUUUGUAUAUAUAUGUAGAAGAAAGGAGGAUGAGUUGGAUGAACAGGAUGCGGAGCCUUGUAAAUUCGUUUUAUAAUUCCUGAAUCUCAAAUUGUUGUUUGUUUUUUUACAUAAAGUGAAAUCUAUUACUUAAUUGUAUCAAAAGUAUUAACAAUAAUGAUAAAAAUUAUGUUUUACUUGUUAUUGUCAACUUUUCAUAACAUUUGCAUUUCAUACUUUUACUACCAUAGAACUUUUUUUUAUUAUAUUUGUAAGAGUUCAGCCGUUUUGUAAGAGACUAAUUGUCGCCUACCUUGACCUUUCUACUCACACACACACACAUACAGACAUGCACACAAAGAUUCAUUUCUUGUUUUGUUUUUUUAUAUAUUUAUAUCAGCGUGCUUUAUUUUG